GUAUUUUAUUGGUGCUUAUUGAUUCACAUUUCACAGGAUAGCGAUUGGAUACAGGAGGCAGUGCAGAUAUGACUUCAACGGGUUUUUCUAGUGAAUCGCAUAUAAUAUAACUCUUAUAAGUCCUCACGCGUUCAUGCUAGGACUCAUUACGAAACGUAACUUAGCCGCGACCAGUGAUACGUUUACGAUUUCACACGUGAUUGUGAAUGAAUGACUAUUGAAAUAUAUUCAUUCAAAGGUGAACUACGUAUUUAAAAAAUGAAGAAUUUAACGCCAGUGAUUUUUCUUGUGAUAGCAUGUAACCAAAUAGUGUUAAGUCGAAGAUUAAGAAACGCAAUAGACGAUAACCUAUAUUAUGAAGAGUUCGCCAAACCAUAUUCGAUAAACAACGGGGCUGCCCCUUAUCGAGGAUGGGGGCUUGCAGAUGAUGAUGCAUAUUCCGAUGAAAAUGAACAUGAUCACCGGAUAAUAUUUCCUGACGUAGAUUGGAGUGACGAAAUACCUAGUCGUACAGCGCAGGGAAAAAUUCAACAAUGUAUAACUACUUGUCAACCAAACUCGGCGUACCAGCCUGUCUGUGCCACGGACGGUGUCACUUACCACAAUCUGGAACAUUUGCAAUGUUUUAUGAGGUGUGGAGUAGUCGUUCACAUACGCCAGCUGUCACCAUGUCCAGGCUGGAGUGGCACCACUGCAAGUCCAACGCAGCUGCCGCAAACCACUACAGCUGCAUCUACUACUACAUCUAACAACCUGCAGGCUUGUAUGUUAUUGUGCCCCACCACGCCGGAGUAUAACCCUGUGUGCGGUACCGACCGCGUUACAUACGACAACCCUGGAAAACUGGCAUGUGCGCAAUGGUGUGGAAAAGAUGUCCAAGUAUCUCGUCGAUCGCCAUGUCCAAAAAUAAAAUCUACAGUUGAACCGGUCAGCACUACGACCACUCCUAAAAGUAUACAAAUACGCAUAUGUAUGACAUCUUGUCCUACCGACCCGCAAUACGACCCUGUAUGCGGCACCAAUAAGGAAACCUUCUACAACUUGUCGAGGUUACAGUGCGCUAUUAAUUGUGGACUUGAUGUGUCGUUGUUAAAGUCAGUACCGUGCCAUAUUGAAGAGAAUUCAGAUACUGAUGGCAGUAAGGAAAACGACGAAGAUGAAGAUUUUGAAAUUGACAUAAGAAAUCAGCAUACAAGAAGAGCGUUUUAAUUACUUCAACUAUUAUACUGCAUGAGAGGAAGUAGGAAUUAGGAAGGACUCAGUAGGAGCUAGAGGCACAAGAGACAAGAGGCAAAAAUAAUGUCUACACUCAUUACUACGUACUUUUAAUUACCUUUGAAAAGGUCCUUUCUUUAGGUUCUAUAUGAUUUCUCUUUUCUUUUUCUUUCUAGAAGUAGAAAAAAGAAAGAGCAGAAAAAUACUUUUAGUCCACCGAACUGAAUUUUUAUAAUUGUUUUGUAUUGAACUGUUCUCUGAAAUAUUUUUGAUACCUAGGAAUGAUCAUAUAAUGUUUCUUCUCGAAAUAUCUAGAAUAAUUAUAAUUUAUUAAUUGUACCUAGCUGUAUGUAACGAUUGUGAUGAAUGACGAUUGUAUUUGAAUGCUCAUUAUUAAAUAAAUUAUUUAUUAAAUACAA